AUGCUAGCUCAAAACAAAUUGAAAUUACUUUCAAUAUACGUUCGUUACAUAAGUACAACAAGCCGAUUUGGAGCUAGUCAUUAUGAUGUCCUUGGAAUAACACCAAAAGCGACGCAGAACGAUAUUAAGACGGCAUAUUAUGAAUUAUCAAAAAAAUAUCAUCCUGAUAAAUCAAAGGAUGAGGAAUCUGCAAAAAAAUUUAGACAAAUUUGUGAAGCCUAUGAGGUUCUUGGCAAUGUUUCUUUAAAGAAAAUGUAUGACAAAGGUCUGAUUGUGGGAAAAGAGAAUACUUCUAGAAUGGAUUAUCAGCCAGAACCAGAGCCUACGGAUCCUACAUUGAAGUUCUAUAAAUCUAGGGAACAUAAAAAUGUUGUACCUACAAUGGAUGGUCACACGCCAGUCUUUGACUUUGAUGCCUGGUCCAAACAACAUUAUGGAAACUUGAUAAAAAAACGUACCUACGCCAGGGAGUUUGUCGAGAAACAAAGGAAAAAAGAAGUGGAAAUAUCACGGGGUAACCACCAAGAAGCGGUCUUUUAUCUUUUCCUUGUCUGCUUUUUCUUUUUUAUGGUUGCUAUCGGAAAAAGUGAUUUCGAUGACAACAAAAUCGAUGAAACCAAAAUAGUACAAGAUUCAAAUAAAGCAACAGUCUUAAAAUAA